UAGAGCUCGAAUAUACGUUUAUCGAUAUAUUUAAGAAAAAAAUAUGUUUUAGUUCGAUUUAUUCGUCUAACUACUUCGUUUACAAAAAGUAAAAGGAUACAAUGCCGCCGCGAAGAAUAUGUGAUUGUGAUCUGUGGUUGUGUUGUGUUGAUUUUGACUUAUAGACUUGUCUUCGUCUUUAAAUUAUUUUACCAACAAACUUGAAUUAUGUGUUCACUUUGUUAUUUCAUUAAUAAAUUGUGAAUUAAAUAUUGUCCGACACAUUAUUAUCACAAUGACUACUGCAAAAAAUAACGGACCCAUAAUAGAUCCAGCUCUAUGUCGAUUCUGUCGAGCUAUAAAAAAAUGUAGAUUGUUGACCGCCGAAUACACUUGGAUGGAAAAGAAAGAAGUUUACGCGGAAAUGUUGAUGGAUUGCUUUGGAAUUGUUUUAUCUCAUAUAGAUGAAGACAUGAAGGAUGCUGGUGUGUGCGCUACCUGUGUUGUAAGACUAAGAGAUGCUUCUGCAUUCAGACAGCAAGUACUACAGUCUGAGGAACUAUUCCUCAAUGCUAAGCUAGAAGAUAAAGAUGAGAUGAAGAAGAAUGUUGAAAUAGAUGUGGAAUUGAAAGCGGAGCCGAAGGAUGAUGUUAGUGAACAUAACUCAAUAUGUCCGGAGCAACGGGAUGAUAGUAUGCUUGAUGAUUACUCCGCUGAUGAUGUGGAAGAUUUCAAACCAAAAAAAGAAGAUGAGAAUGCGUCCAUAGCAUCAGAAGACGAUGCAAUGGAUGAUGACAGCGAUUACUCCGUCUCAUCAUCAGAUUCUGAUAAACCCAUCAUAAGAAAGAAGAAUGGCACUAGAAAGAAGAAGGUCAAAACCAAUGGAGUACAGAAGAAGAAACAGAAAGGAAUCAAGAAACAGAAAGCUGGUACAAGUUCGAAACCAUCAACAAAAAACAAGAAACCACCAGUGGAAAAGAAAAAUACUUACGAUAGAGAUCUAGAUUGUAUGUCGGAGGAGAAUUUACUAACAAUAAUACAGUACUCUUAUGUUUGUCCGUUCAAAAAUAGACGGAAUAAUUAUUAUUGCUUUUAUUGCAAAGAUUAUUAUCCGAAACCAGAAGAUUUACGUGAACACACAGUAUCACAUGAUACGAAGCCAUUCCAGUUAUUAAUGGGGUAUAAAAAAAUGCCGAAAAUCGAUAUUACAAGAAUCGAUUGUAAACUAUGUACAGCGAAAAUCGAUGAUUUAGGGAUGUUCAAACAACAUAUAGACCAAGUGCAUGGGAAAAAAAUCUACUUCGAAGCGCCGGAUAAAAUGUUAUUAUACAAAUUAACUUGGAACGAUCUAGUUUGUGUGAUGUGUAGUGAUAUAUUUGAAGAUUUUAACUCUUUGAAUACUCAUAUGGUUGAACAUUUCAGUAAUUAUACUUGUGAUAUUUGUGGUGUAUGUUUUCUAGAGAAACCUCGUUUAGACGCACAUUUGAAACGUCACAAAGACGAUGAAAGACAUACAUGUGAAGUGUGCGGGAAAAUGUUCAAGUCGAACCAUUAUAAAGAUAUGCAUGUCGAUAUUGUGCAUAAAAAGAAGGCAAUAAUACGGUGUCCGAGGUGUGAUGAAUGUUUUAUGUCAUAUGCGUUAAAGAAUAAACAUUUAACAGAGGCUCAUGGGCAAAAAAGAACUUAUCCAUGCAAUUUGUGUGAUAAAGUAUAUAAUAGACAGAAGACUUUAACUGAACAUCAGCGUAGAAAUCAUCAGAAAGUGCUCAAACAUCAGUGUGAAUAUUGUGAUCAAAGGUUCUACUUGCCGUCAAGAUUGAAAGAGCAUAUGGCAACACACACCGGUGAAAGGAACUUCCGCUGUGAAUACUGUGAGAAGAGUUAUCCAAGAUUAAAGUCCUUGCAGUAUCAUAUACGAACACAUACUAAUGACAGAAGAUAUAGAUGUCAUAUAUGUGGCCAAGCGUUCAUACAGAAUGCGAGUCUGAAAUCUCAUAUAAAAAGUCAUCAUCCGGAGUGUGAUAUUGAAGGCUGCUAUUUUUAGCAUAAAGUAUUGUUAGAUUCCAACUUUAUGGCGGCUCCCGGUUGAUGCGAGCAUGUCUUGGGCCCUCUGUGAACGGAAAUGGGUGCAGGCACCCAAUAUACACAGCGUGUUCCUCUAGUAAUGAGCGCUUAUUGAUCUGAGUGGACUAUUGUAGGCACUAUGUUGCCAGAUAAAACAAAAAUGUAUUGUUGGCAGUUAAUUUAGACAGUAUCGGAGUUAGGAUAGGACGAGGUAUAGCAACAGCCUAGAGUGUCGGACAUAUGGGGGCGCCAUUCCUCUUGUAUUAAUAAUAUAGUUAAGGGGCGGUUUAAAAAUACCCUGAAUUUAGCUUUAAUAAUUGAGCAGAUCUAAGACACCUGACGUAUAUAGUUUAUUGGUGUUGCCAACAGAUAAAAUAGUGUUGUGCUAACUGCCAUUAACAUUAAAUUUCAUACUACUUAACAUCACAAUUAUUUUGUAAAUAUAGUCAAGUGACAGUAAAUGUUAAAAUAUUUGAUGUACAAUAUUACCUUUAGAGUUAUGUGAAUUUCCAUACAAUGCAAAUACGAUAUGUAUAGAUUAGUAUUGGUGACUUGUUAAAAAUUAUUAUCUUUAUAAAGAGGCUAAAAAUACAAGAUUUAAAUUUAUUUCUAUUAAAAACUAGUCUCUUCCUUUAUGUAUAAAAAUAAAACAUGCUACAUUACUCCAUAAUAGAAGAGCUUUUAAAUAGUAAAGUAAUUUUUAAAAUCGGUUUAUAAGUUUCUGUUUUCAUACGAAAAAGACUCAUGUUUUUAAAAUGAUUUGAUUGGUAUUAUCAAUAUUAUAUAGAUCGGUUUUAUUGUAAUCUAGAAGUACAAUAUACUUUUAAAACCAUAAUGUAUUAAUUUUUAUAU